AUUUUAUGGGGUUAGGGUUAGUUAAGUUAUUCUUAGGUUUAAUUCUGUUAUUUGGCAUUAAAAUAUAAGUAAAAUAAAUACAGUGUUCAAGUCCAACAUCUGCUCAUUAUGUCUAAAUAUUACUUACAGCUCAGACUGUGAAUCUAAUCACAAGUUGCUUGCACAACCUCCAAUUAAAUUACAUUAUAUAAUUAACGUUAUUAAACAAUGUUUGGCGAAAACCUUCAAUCUUUAAAAAGACAACUUUAGCAUAUAAAUGCUUUCUAAAGUUUGUCACUGAAGGGAUUGUAAGGUCAAGAGCUCAGGAUAUUUUCUUUUUUCAUUUUUCUUCUUUUUUUUUCUAAUAGUGUAAAAAUCUGAAAACCACCAAAAAAUUACACAAAGCAGAAAAAUGCACUUCUAGUCAAAGGAAGUGAGAAGUUGGGGAUGGUAUGUAAAGUUAAUGAAUAACAAGGUAUGAGUCAUUCUGACUCAACACAAAGUGACACAAAAUAAUCUAAUUAUUAUAUAAUUGAUCCUUGAUUUAUACCUAAGGCACAAAGGUAUAAUUGACUUAUUUUGGCCUGUGGUGAUUAUGAGGGUCGAGAACAAGUAAGUUCUUCUCUUCUUUUAAGAAUCCUUCUUUCCAUGCACCUGUAAUGUUACCGUGACCAGCAGGAGAAAUACUGUGGAGAAUUUUCAAGUAAACAAACUAGUUUGGAAAUGCUUACCUCUUCUUCUUUAAAAAAAUAAAUAAAUCAUGGAUAAGGAGAGUCUCCAUCAUGCUUUCAUAUCUCCUGCUGUCUCUGUUUCCUCUGUGUUCCAGCCUCUUAAGUUACAGGUUUAAUCGUUUUUUAUUUUAGGUUUGAACAAAGAGCAGAGCUAAUUAUGCUUCAAUCUAUGGCAGAGACCUAUUUACGUUUACAUUAAAACUAUGUUCUGUUAUACAUGCAGCCUGCAGGAAUUCCACCUCGGCACCCUUAACCACAGAAAAACAGGCAGGCUUUGAGUCAUGUUGGUAAAUGAGUUAGCCAGUUUAUCGACCCUCUGUUUAAAUAGACCGGCUGGACUUUCUUCUCCAGUAGCUACGCACACACCAUUCUGAACAUUUGUGCCUUCAGGGUAAAGACAACACGGCAUCCCCACUGAUCAUGCAACCGGCUUUUCUCUUACUCAUCCUGAUUGCUGUACAUGUGUCUGUACCAGUGGAUUGUACAAUGAGGCUCCAGGACCAAAAGCAACUUUUACAGCAUCAGCAGAGCAACUUCAACACAGGAGCACAAGCCGAUGCAUCAUCCGCCCAUAUGGGACGUUUCUCCUUGGAGCUGAGUGGAUCAAUGAGAAAAGGCAUUCACAGACACUUUCUGGUUAUAUUGCCAGUAAGAACAGACACAAGCAACUUUGUGUCAAUAUUUGAUUUGAGAAGAAGACAGUUCCUCUGUAUGGACUUGAAGGGAAAGCUGUACAACACUAGGCAAAGGAACAAAGAUUGUCUCUUCCAGCGCAUUUGGUUAGAUUUGGCGAACCACCAUGAUGUGUUUUAUUCUAUGAGUGUGGGCCGACUGCUCAAACUGGAAGGAGCUGAGCUGCAAGUUGCUAACCAGGAGCCACCUGAACCCUCCCCAGCCCUAGUGGAGAGGUUCCUGGGUCGUUUGGUGAAGAGACAGAGGAGGAGCGAGGAGGUGAACCCCUCUGAUCCUUUAAGAUCAGAAUCACAUCCCUCACAUUCUGCCAAGGACCACAAGGAUGAAGAGCAUGUGCAGCCUGAACAAGACCAGGCCGGCGCUGUGUCUAAAGAGACCAUCACCUCCUGUGACGACCCCCUGCGGGUCCUACAGCCCAACGGGCCUGUCAGUCCUUUCAAGACUAAUAUUGAAGACCGGGCAGCGCAAGACUAAAAUACUGAACUUGGGUUUAAAAAGUGAAAAGUCAAGAGGGGCUGCAAUCUUAAUGUUUGUUUUGAAAACCCACUUCAUGUUUGACUGCAUAGUGGGAGUAGAUACUGUAUUUGUAGACACCCACAUAUCCUGUGGACUGCUGUAUGUGUAAAAGCCGCAUAAUAACUUACAGAGGUCAAACUGACACUAGAGGCCAAAUACUUUACUUCUUCUGAGAAAAGAGCAUUUUAUAAAACCUUGAAUUUUAAAAAGAAAAAUCUGAAUUUGUUUUUAUGGACUACUACACUUGGAAAUGUACUCAUAAAACCUUGUUACAUCACAGCCUGCGCAGAUCUUCUGUUUGAACAGCAGACAAACGAUAAGUUUGGCAACAUUCUACAUGAUCAUGCAACAAGUUCGGUCCAGUGUCCUGCUGUCCUUUAACCUCUUUUGUCAGUUAAAUUUUAAACCUUAAACCAGAUGUGGCAAUGUUAGUGUUGCAUAUGUAAAAAUGUGUAAUCUGUGAGCAAUUAUGAAUAUUUAUACACAAAUUUGUUGACACAGUAACGCUUAAUAACAGGAGUUUAAAAACUAAAUCCACCAGUGUAUAUUUUUCGUUACUGAAAAAUAUCAUUUGCCAUUUGCAGCCAAACAUGACACAACAGGAUCAAAUUAUGUCAGGUGCCGGACACCAAAAGUCACAGCAAUGAAAAGGUAUUUAUUUAUUGAAAUGUGUAAAUGACUUCCUUCUUAGCCUACUGUUUUAUUUAUAUAUUUCAUGUUGUGUUAUUUCUGAUGUGGAUUAAUAAAUGGUUAGUAUUC